AUGACCACCUUCCUGUCUCUCAACGAGGACGUGGUGUUUGAGAUCUGCACCUACCUCACAUCCAUGGAUGCCUUCCACCUCGCCCUCACCUCCUCACGUGUCUACCCCUUUGCUCUUCCCCGCGCCCUCGCUCACUGCACCGUACCCAGGGAAAAGACAAAGCGGCGCGUACGACGCUUCCGAAAAUUCAUGUCCACCCCAGAACCGCGGCUAUCUCGACGCCUUCCCAUUGAAUAUGUCCGAUCUCUCGACCUUCGCUAUAUCCGCCCCGACAUCGACGGCAUCCAAAGCUUGAACUAUGUCCUGGGCUGCGCACAAGGUCUUCAAUCCCUCUCCCUGUCUCACGCACAUGCCAAUCUCGGCAACGAGCGAUUGGAGCGUCCUCUUUCCAUCCUUCAAAGGCUCACCACACUCGUGCUCGAGGGGUGCGGUGAAAUCACUGUCCUGUUGGUCGCUCUCGAUUUCCCACACGCCCCUCUGGAGAAUCUGUCCUUACACUACACCCACGAGCUCGCCGACCCAGAUCUGCAGUCGUUCGAGCCGGCAUGGUUCAUCCGCCAACUCUUGCGCUUCCCCAGCCUGCGCAAACUGAGGCUAUACAAUGCCAACAGCAAGACCCUCGGUUCACAGCCCGCGUCUUUCUUCGACACCCUCUCCGCACCUGGCUUCCCCAUCCUUCCCUCUAUUCGCCACCUCGACCUGCAUGUGGAAGAUCACAUCCUGGAGGCCCUCCUCGCCGCGUGCCGGGGUCUUGAGCAUCUCUCCUUCCACCUCACCCAUUUCUUCACCAGAUUUGGCUUCAUGUCCGACGCCGGCCCUGCCUGGCCCAGCCCACUUCGGUCGCUCACCUGGAACACCGACUUCGGCUAUGGUUUCGAAGUUCCCCUGGACGCUGCGCCCCGUCUCCCGCGCGCGCGGCACUUCAUCCUUCUCAACGCGCUCCGCGUCCAGUCCCGCACAUACACGGUGGGCGACGACGGGCGCGGAACGCACGAAGCGCUCUUCGUGCUUGGGCAUGUGCAGCCAACAGCGCUCACCGUCACGGUCUGUCUCGCCAGCGCGGCCACCGACGGCGCUGCGGCGGAAGCGCAAGAGGACGAGCCCACAUUUUUCUGGUCGACGCUCGCGGGCGAGGCUCCCCGCCUCCGCUGGCUGGAGCUCACGCUCGACGUCCGCAACGCCGGACAAGAUCUCGUCCCCUGCCUCCUCGCCGCCGUCAUCGCGCUGCCGAAGCUCGUCUACCUCGGCCUGGACGUGCCCCCAUCACCUGCGAUUUCGUAUGCGGACGACCGCCCGUUCGCCGGGCAGCCAGAGAUUCGCAAGAAGCUCACGUUCGAGCGGAGCGUCGAGGCGCUCCGUGCGCACACACUCGCGCACGUCGUGCACAUGGCGGCGGUGUUCCUCCCUGGACUGCGGCUGCUGAAGCUUGCGCACUGUCGCCCGCGGAUCUGGCCGGAGACUGCAGUGCCCGAGGCGGAGACGACAGACGACGACGGGAUGGAAGAGAAGUCAGACCGGAUGAUCAGCGCUCUCUGGGGGAUAGCGGAGGGCGCGAGACGGGACGCGCAGUGGUUGCGGGCUGAUGGAGACGAGAAGCGGAGGUUCUUCCCGAAGACGAGCAUCCGGAAGUAA